AUGUUCACGACCUGGACAGCGCACUGUGUACAGCGAUGGAGACGCUCAGCAGCGGCUGCCCGUGCACCGAGGUGUCUGAGCGCUCCAACCGCUCGCACAUGGGCAGUUGCAAGCCGGCGCUAUCGCCCUGCGCAGCGGCUCCAAGGCCCAGCACGCACCGAACCACGAAUGUCUGGUGUCAAUGGGGGCCUUGCGUACGACAUUGAUGAGCAACAGCUUCCGGAUCAGAUCAAACCCUUGGUCCAGAUGAUUGUUCGCGGUCCUGACUCACCAGCUGCAUUCAUCGACGCUAUGGAACGCAUAGCCGACUGGCUUUGGCAACAGCAGCAGUCUGCCAAUGACAGAGGCACCAGACCGCCGGAUACGCUCAUUCCUUUUCUUGUGGACUCGCUCGGCUACAAUAAUCCGGUUGCAGCGCGAAUAGCGCUGGAUCUUCUCGUGCGACUUUAUGGAAAGGGCGCCGUCCCGGUACUGCUACAGGGCGUUGGCGCUCUGAACUAUGCCGUUAACGCGUACGCGCUGCGAGCACUGGGUGCAAUAGGCGACGCAGACGCGGUCUUCACGGUUGCAAAGCAGUGUGCGCUUCGUGGACCCAUUCCUAACGUACGGCGUGCUGCGGUGCGCUGCCUCGCUCAGCUGAAAUACGAAGAGUCGGCAAACGGGAGAGCGCGUUGUGAGGAUGCAGUCGCAUCGCUGUCGUCGCUCGUGGGUGACCCCGACUGGACAAUACGUUAUGCGUUGGUUUGGUCGCUAUCGCAUUUACUGCAUCGCAAGUUUAUCGAAAAGCCAGAAAUAACCAAUAUUUUGGCUCACAUUGCAAACCAGGAUGCAGAUGUGGUGGUACGAGCUCGAGCGCAGCGCGCACUUGCUCAGUUCAAUGAGGCAACAUCAUCCCCAGCCUCCAGCACGGCGCGCUGCGUCCACGCUGCCGAUACCUGA